AGGGCACCGGAGACCAGCUUGCCCUCGCGCUACUAGAGGUCGCGUUCUUCCGCUGCUCCUUUUCGUUCUGUCGGGCGGAGCCUUCCGUGAGCACGGCUGGAUUUGUCUGUGCUACCGUCUCUCUUCUGGGUUUCAAUAAAGUUUUCCUCUUCCUUCCCCUGUACGGAGCUCAAGAUGGCGGCCUCUUGGUCGCCCUUGGUUACCCUGCGCUUAGCGCCGAGCCGGCUGAGAGGAAGAUGUGUCCGGUGCAGGGCUUGGGCCGCUGCUCUCCCCCCUUCGGUCACCGCCCCUGGAAACCCCUUUUGUAAAGCCUAUACAGUUCAGACAGCCAAGAGUAUGUCUCCAACUGCUGCUACAGAGGUUUAUUCAAAAGCUUUAGCUGUUUGCCAUGGACCACUGGACCACUAUGACUUUCUGAUCAAAGCUCGUGAGCUAAAGGACGAUGAACAUCAAAGAAGAGUCAUACAGUGUUUGCAGGAAUUACAUGAGGACCUUAAAGGAUACAGUAUAGAGGCAGAAGGCCUUUUUUCUAAGCUUUUUUCAAGGAGCAAACCUCCAAGGGGCCUGUAUGUUUAUGGAGAUGUUGGUACAGGGAAAACAAUGGUGAUGGACAUGUUUUAUGCUUAUGUGGAAAUGAAGAGGAAAAAACGGGUUCAUUUUCAUGGUUUCAUGCUAGAUGUUCACAAAAGAAUACACCGCCUUAAACAGAGUUUACCAAAAAGGAAACCAGGAUUCAUGGCUAAAUCAUACGAUCCAAUAGCUCCUAUAGCUGAAGAAAUCAGUGAAGAAGCAUGUCUCUUAUGUUUCGAUGAAUUUCAGGUCACUGACAUUGCUGAUGCCAUGAUUCUGAAACAGCUUUUUGAAAAUCUGUUCAAAAACGGGGUCGUCGUUGUGGCAACAUCCAACAGGCCACCGGAAGAUCUCUAUAAGAAUGGACUCCAAAGAGCUAACUUUGUACCAUUCAUAGCUGUCCUGAAGGAAUACUGUAAUACGGUCCAGCUAGAUUCUGGGGUAGAUUAUCGGAAAAGGGAACUUCCUGCUGCAGGAGAACUCUACUACCUCACAAGUGAAGCUGAUGUGGAGGCUGUCAUGGAUAAGUUGUUUGAUGAGCUGGCUCAGAAACAAAAUGAUUUAACUAGACCAAGGAUUCUAAAAGUGCAAGGCAGAGAGCUGCGGCUGAAUAAAGCCUGUGGAACCGUUGCCGACUGCACAUUUGAAGAGCUAUGUGAGAGACCACUUGGAGCCAGUGACUAUUUGGAACUGUCAAAGAAUUUUGAUACAGUAUUUUUACGAAACAUUCCACAAUUUACCCUGGCAAAGAGGACUCAAGCUCGGAGAUUCAUAACUCUCAUUGAUAACUUUUAUGAUUUCAAGGUGCGCAUAAUUUGCUCUGCAUCAACUCCCGUAUCAAGCUUAUUUUUGUAUGAACAUCAUGACAGUGAGUUGGAGCAAAGCAGAAUACUGAUGGAUGAUUUGGGGCUGAGCCAGGACUCAGCAGAAGUACUCGCCAUGUUUACUGGAGAAGAGGAAAUCUUUGCAUUUCAGCGCACAAUUUCCCGACUCACAGAAAUGCAGACUGAACAAUACUGGAAUGAAGGGGACAGAAGCAAGAAGUAGCCGUCACUUUUGCAUGAAUAAAACUCUGGGCAAAUCAUUACCGCAGGGAGAACUCUUUAUUAUGGGACUUGAAGGAAUCAUUUUCUCAUCAUUAAUUAAGCACUUUGUCCUCUGGACCAUUUUUAUCUAAAAUUG